AUGACUCCUUGUGAAUCCCACCCCCCGUCACCAAGUCCCGGCCCUGCGAAUGUCAAUUUGAACGCCGAUAUACCUGACGGGUUUAUUCUAUUCAGUAACGAGCUUCCCAGCGGCGAUGUCCAAGACGUGAUACGAAGACUGCAUAGAUAUGCCAUGUUACCUCGCUAUCCGCACCUUGCUCGGUUUCUGCAGAACUGUGCCCUGGUCCUUAGAACGGAGGUCCAGAAACUACCGCGGUCAUUGCGAGACUCUGUCCCGCCAUUUCACGAUGUUGUUACACUCGCCUCUCACUGGGAUGACUUCAAGAGCGGCUCCCUAAGUGGUGCUUGGGACGGCGCUUUCCUCUGCAUCUAUGAGAUAGCCAUGCUGAUUGGACACCAUGAGACACAUGAUCUCUCAUACCGCCGUCCGAAAUGUUUAGUAGGAAUCAGCGUCGGCCUAUUCUCAGCAGCGGCAGUGGCUGUUGCGGAGUCCCUGGCAGACCUCGUCUCAUAUGGAGCUGAAAGCCUACGCACCGCUUUUGCAUUUUGCGUUCAUGUACAGCGCGUUUCCUGGACACUUGAGACCACCGCGACGGAGCAAGCUACGUCGAUUAGCUGGGCUACUGUCGUGACAGGACUGCCAGCAGACACCAUUCAGGGAGAAUUGGUCAAUUUCAAUGGCUUGACAGAUUCAGGAGGGAGUGCGACAACUGCCAGGCCACUGACUGGGGUUAGUAUCAGUCACGUUGAUAAGAACUCGGUUGGAGUGACAGGCCCCCCCAGCCGCCUGAAGCAACUCUUCCGCCAGUCCGAGGUACUUCGUUCUUCAAGGCACUCGCCGUUGCCUAUCUCAGGGGGUCUCUGCCAUGCUCCAAAUGUGUACGACAGUGACGAUGUGCGCGCCAUCAUUGCCACAGCAGAGGUCUGGUGGAGAUGGGGCACCCGUGCCCUGCAGGUGCCAUUAAUAUCGCCAUUCACAGGCUCACCAUAUGUGUGCUCAGAUGCAUACCGCUUGAUAGAAGCCAUCUGCACCGAGGCCUUAACCAAGCCGCUGUGUUUCGACAAAGUCGCACAGGGAGUGGUGACCCAACUGAAUGGGCCGCCAUCAUGUCAGAUAUUGCAUUACGGCGCAUCCCCUAUGUCAGACACCAUCAUCGCCGCCAUCACCAACAAGCUCUCAGCCAGCGGUGCAAAACGUCAGUGUCUGGGUGACUGGGCUGUGGGCGACGCAUUCGACCAACUUCAGGAUAGCCCGAGUCCACCGCAGACCGCAAAGCUAGCUGUUGUUGGCAUGUCGUGCCGUAUGCCGGGGGGUGCAGAUACCCCUGAGCGAUUCUGGGAGCUGCUCGUGAACGGGAUUGAUACUCACACUACGGUCCCGCCCGACCGUUUUGAUCUGGAUGCUCACUAUGAUGGCAGCGGGGAAAAGGAGAAUACAGUCGGAACCCGCUUUGGCAACUUCAUAGACAACCCAGGCAAUUUUGACGCGGGAUUCUUCAACAUGUCCCCACGCGAGGCCGAGCAGACAGACCCAAUGCAGCGUCUCGCACUUGUUACAGCGUACGAGGCGCUCGAGAUGGCCGGCUUCGUUCCCAACCGCACGCCAUCCUCUCACGUAUCCCGGGUUGGAACGUAUUACGGCCAGGCUAGCGACGACUAUCGCGAGGUCAACGCAAGCCAGAAGAUUGGUACGUACGGCAUUCCUGGGACGGAAAGAGGAUUCGGUAACGGCCGUGUCAAUUACUUCUUUGAUUUCCAAGGGCCCAGUUUCAACCUUGACACCGCAUGCUCCAGCGGAUUGGCUGCAGUCCAGGCAGCUUGCUCAGCGCUGUGGGCUGGUGAGGCCGAUACUGUCGUUGCCGGAGGCUUGAACAUCAUUACAAACCCGGACAUCUACUGCAUGCUUAGCAAGGGCCACUUCCUGUCCAAGACCGGGCAGUGUAAAGUUUGGGAUAUUGAUGCCGACGGCUACUGCCGUGCGGACGGGGUGGGCUCUGUCGUGAUCAAACGACUCGAUGAUGCCCUGGCUGAUAACGACGUUAUUCUGGCGUCCAUCAUAGCUGGUGCAACAAACCAUUCAGCAGAGAGUAUCUCCAUUACCCAACCACAUGCCGCGGCCCAAAUGGAGAAUUAUCGCCAGGUGAUGAACAAGGCGGGGGUUAACCCUCUGGACGUUAGUUUCGUCGAGCUUCACGGCACAGGAACCCAGGUCGGGGACGCUGUUGAAUCCGAGUCUGUGCUUGACUUCUUCGCACCUCAAGGCCGCCGCUUGCACCCAGAUAAACGCCUCCAUCUGGGCGGAGUCAAGUCCAACAUUGGUCACGGCGAAGCCGCAGCAGGUAUUGCCUCACUCGUCAAGGUUCUGUUGAUGUACCGCCACAAUAUGAUUCCCCGUCACAUCGGCAUCAAAACGACCAUGAACCCCGUCGUGGCCCAAAACCUUGCCAACCGCAACGCCGGUAUAGCGUCCGAGAACCGCCCUUGGCUUCGGACGACGGCUUUCAAGAAGCGUUAUUCCGUUGUGAACAGCUUCGGUGCCCACGGCGGCAACACAACGUUACUGCUUGAAGAUGCCCCAGUCCAACCCAUUGAUCCAGACAAGAAGCAUUCGCGACAGCCUGCGGCGAGCAGCGAAGUGGUAUGCAUCUCAGCCAAGAGCAAAGCCUCACUUCGGGCCAAUGUCAGGGCUUUGCUAGGCUACCUGGAUACUCGUCAAGAGACGGAACUCCGAGACAUUGCCUACACAACAAGUGCUCGUCGAAUCCACCACCAUAUCCGCAUUGCCACCGCUGUGUCGAGCACUGCACAGCUGCGCAGAUUCCUGCAGGCGGCCGCUGACGAUGUCGAUGCACAUGCAAGACAUGUGGCAACAGGCACGAAGAAGACUGUGGUCUUUGCGUUCUCCGGCCAAGGCUGCCUGUAUCACGGCGCUGCGGCGCGGCUGUUCGAACGAGCCCCCUUGUUCCGCGACCAGGUCGUUCAGCUCGAUCGCAUCGUUCGGCGCCUGGGUUUCCCGGCGGUCCUAGACACCGUUGCCGGGGACAAUUCGAGGCUCGCGUCCGCCGGACAUCCGCAACGGGAAUCUAGCCCAAGUAUCCAGGCAAGCCAUGAUAGUGGCACAAGUGCAGCUACAAUCCCUACGCCACCGACAGUCGAGAGUCCACUGGUCACUCAGCUCGCCCUGGUGGUGAUCGAGAUUGCCUUGGCGCAGUAUUGGGAGCUGCUUGGGAUCAAGCCCAGCGUAGUGAUUGGCCACAGCCUCGGAGAAUAUGCUGCGUUGGUCUCGGCUGGCGUCCUGUCUGUGGCAGACGCUCUCUUCCUGGUGGGGAAGCGAGCCUCGCUCAUGUUGGCUGCCUGCGAGCCUGGGAGUCAUGCCAUGUUGUCUGUUCGGGGUGCCUCGGUCGAUCGUAUAGAGGAAUUGUGCCGAGCGCGCGAGAGCGAGUGUUGUUAUGAAGUCGCCUGUGUAAACGGGCUGACCGAUGUUGUGGUCACCGGGCUGCGAGAUGACAUGGCCUCUCUCCGCGACAUGCUGCAUGGUGCAGGACUGAAAUGCGUCCUCCUUGAUAUGCCCUUCGCGUUCCACAGCAGACAAAUGUCGCCCAUCCUAGAGGACUUUGAGAAUGCCGCUCAGCACGUUACAUUCAAGAUCCCCCAGAUCCCCGUCAUCUCUCCCCUCCUUGGAGAGUGCGUUUUGGGAAAGGACGUUAUCGAUGGAAGGUAUUUGGCUCGUGCAACACGCGAGCCUGUGGAUUUUGUCACUGCCCUCGACGCCGCUAGGUCAGAGGGCGUGGUUGAUGACAAGACUGCCUGGAUCGAUAUCGGUCCUCACCCGGUUUGUACCUCCUUCACGAGCAAUCAUUAUGGCCAAGAGGCAACACAAACCUUUGCCUCACACCGCCGUGGUGACGAGACGCUCUCCACAUUCACAGCGAGCCUUGCGGCACUACACUGUCUGGGUCUCCCCGUUGCGUGGAAUGAGUAUUAUGAUCUCAGGGAGAGUCCAGCUCGCUUGCUUCACCUGGAUUCGUAUCAAUGGAACUGUAAGAAUUACUGGAUUCCAUACGACGGCUCGUGGACACUCGACAAGGCUCAUGCGGGACAGACCAGAAGGAAUAACAGUCCAGCCGUCGUUAAUCAUUUCCACACCUCCUCGGUGCAACAAAUCAUCUCCGAAGAAUACAGUGAGUGCAUAGGGCAGAUCAAGGCGCUCUCCGACCUGCACCACCCCGACAUGCGGGGGGCAGCCGAUGGACAUCAGCUGAAUGGGAGAAGUGUUGUGACUGGAAGCAUUUGGGCAGAUAUCGCCCUGACGGUUGGGGAGUAUCUGUACAAAAAAAUGGUACCAGACGGCAAGGAAUUGCAUAUGGAUGUGAAAGACAUGAAAGUUUUCGAAGCCCAGGUGCUGCACCCAGGGGCUUCCCGAGCAUCGACCCCCGAACAAUUCAUCCAAAUCGAGGGGGUCUGCGAUCUGUCGCGAAACCAAACAGCAAUACGUCUAUACGCAGCAAACAAGGACGGAACUCGUAAUACCGACAAGGCGUUUGCCACAGCAACGGUCUGCUAUGAAGAGGUCCAGGACUGGCAAGAACACUGGCACAUGGCUUCACAUCUGGUUGCUGCGCGAGCCAACUCGCUCUGGGAGAUGGCUGCAGGCGGCACCAACAGUGUAAGCCACUUUUCCCAGAGCAUCGCGUACCAGAUCUUCGCAAACGUAGUUGACUACGGCGCGCGAUACCGCGGGAUGCAGCGCGUCGCACUCUGCGAGGACACCCUGGAAGCAACAGCCGACAUCGUCCUCGACAAUGACCGGCAUGGCACCUGGCACACGCCCCCCCACUGGAUUGACAGUGCGUUCCAGCUGGCCGGUUUCGUCAUGAACGCUUUUGGUGUUCAGGGCGACGGCAACACCGCUGGAUCGGCUCGCGACUUCUUCUACAUCACGCCGGGAUGGCGCCAUUUGCGGCUGCUGGAGCGUCUGGAGCCUGGCCCUGAUGCCACAUACCGCAGCUUUGUCCGGAUGCUCCCAACCAGCGGAGAGCCCGGUGCAUAUGUGGGGGACAUCUAUCUGCACCGCGGGCAGACUCUCGUCGGGAUAUGCGCAGGCAUCAAGUUCAAAGCUGUUCCCCGCGCUCUGCUGCCGGUCAUGUUCCCGCGGAUUCAGGCUAACAGGAAGCGAAGCCAACCUGCUGAGAAUCUUUCAGCCAAAGGGAAAGGCAGUAGCGAGUACUGUCGAACAGAGCCCCCUGCACCCCCGGCCGCUGAUUUCCCAAAGCCCGAGAGGUUGACGGCGUCCGUCGUUGAACUAGCCACCUUGCAAAGCCAAUCCCAGGUCCGUGGCAUUGACAUCUCGCAGAAGACGCAAUCUUCAGCACCGGUGGCGGCAGCCACACAGCAACCCCGACAUGUAGAGCGUAGACAAGAUGCAAUUCAAAGCCAUAGUCCGCAGGCGGCCGCGUGCCUUGCGCUAAUUUCGGACGAAACAGGGUUGGAUCUGGAGGAUUUGACCGGCCAGGCUGCAUUUGCUGAUUUAGGUGUGGACUCUUUGAUGUCGCUGGCGCUGUCGGCCAAGAUACGCGCAGAACUAGGGAUUGAUGUUCAGGCGUCCAUUUUCCUGGAAUAUCCCACUGUGCAGGAGUUGGUGACGUGGCUGAGCAGGUGA